AUAAGUGGAAGAUUCUCUGUGCUGUUAAACUCGGUAAUUUAUUAAGAAAAAAGGAUGUAUUCAUCGGGAAUGAGUGCUAGACAAGCUGCUGCGGAGCAUGUCCUUGCAGUAUCAAGAGAUUUCAUCUCACAGCCGCGUUUAACUUACAAAACAGUGUCGGGUGUCAAUGGUCCCUUGGUUAUCCUUGAUGAAGUCAAGUUCCCUAAAUAUGCUGAAAUUGUACAGUUGAAAUUAGCUGAUGGAACACUUCGUUCUGGUCAAGUUUUGGAAGUAAGUGGAUCAAAGGCUGUCGUUCAAGUAUUCGAGGGUACAUCAGGUAUUGAUGCUAAGAACACCGUUUGCGAGUUUACAGGAGAUAUUUUGAGAACACCUGUCUCAGAGGAUAUGUUAGGUCGUGUAUUUAACGGUUCAGGAAAGCCAAUUGACAAAGGUCCACCAAUCUUGGCUGAAGAUUAUUUAGAUAUUCAAGGUCAACCAAUUAAUCCAUGGUCACGUAUCUACCCCGAAGAAAUGAUUCAAACUGGUAUUUCUGCUAUUGAUGUUAUGAACUCUAUUGCUCGUGGUCAGAAGAUUCCAAUUUUCUCAGCUGCUGGUCUACCACAUAAUGAAAUUGCUGCUCAAAUUUGUAGACAAGCUGGUCUUGUAAAAGUCCCCGGUAAAUCAGUAUUGGAUGAUCAUGAAGACAAUUUUGCUAUUGUCUUUGCCGCUAUGGGUGUUAACAUGGAAACUGCUCGUUUCUUCAAACAAGAUUUCGAGGAAAAUGGUUCUAUGGAGAAUGUAUGCUUGUUCUUGAAUUUGGCUAAUGAUCCAACCAUUGAAAGAAUUAUCACACCACGUUUGGCAUUGACAGCUGCCGAAUUCAUGGCCUAUCAGUGUGAGAAACACGUAUUGGUCAUUUUAACUGACAUGUCUUCAUAUGCUGAAGCUUUGCGUGAGGUCUCAGCUGCUCGUGAAGAAGUACCCGGUCGUAGAGGUUUCCCAGGUUAUAUGUACACUGAUUUGGCUACAAUCUAUGAACGUGCUGGUCGUGUUGAAGGACGUAAUGGUUCAAUUACACAAAUUCCAAUUCUUACUAUGCCUAACGAUGAUAUUACCCAUCCAAUUCCUGAUUUGACUGGUUAUAUUACCGAAGGACAAAUCUACGUUGAUCGUCAACUUCACAACAGACAAAUCUAUCCACCAAUUAACGUAUUGCCAUCAUUAUCUCGUCUUAUGAAAUCUGCUAUUGGUGAGGGUAUGACAAGAAAAGAUCAUUCUGAUGUAUCAAAUCAAUUGUAUGCCUGUUAUGCCAUCGGUAAGGACGUACAAGCCAUGAAGGCUGUCGUCGGUGAGGAAGCUUUAACACCUGAUGACUUGCUCUACUUGGAAUUCUUAGGAAAGUUCGAAAAGAACUUUAUUGCACAAGGAAACUACGAAAACCGUACAGUCUUUGAAUCUUUGGACAUUGGAUGGCAAUUGCUUCGUAUCUUCCCCAAAGAAAUGCUUAAGCGUAUUCCAGCUUCCAUUUUGGCCGAGUUCUAUCCAAGGGAUUCACGUCAUUAAGCAUGCAACAUUAUAUAUUACAUAUAUUUAUAUAGACACACAAAAAAGAAAAAGAAACUUAUAUUCGUUAUAAAACAAAAUCAUCAUUUUUUUCUGCGGCAAUAUAGUUUAUGCUUCAUUAAAUCGUCAUUAAAAGUUUUUUGAGAAAAAUUAUAAUAAUAUUGUGGUAAGCGUACGAAGGGUCGAUUUUACCUAUACACUUAACUUUUUACUUUAACAAGAUAUAUAUUUGAUAAAUACAUGAAAGAGGACUAAUGUUUUCUUUCAUGAUUUAUGCCAAUUUAUCAUUGU